UGUAGAGAGUAUUGGAAGAGUAUUCAAGCUAAAAUAAAAUUUGAUUUUCCAACAAUAUAUUUAAUACACAAACGAACAUGUUUCAUUUUUCCACUGUGGUAUUGAAUUGUGGACAGGAGCACAAAGCAGUUCCCGUAGCUCAGCGAAAGAGUACAACAAAAAAUACAAAAAAACCCAUACACGAACGUAUGAGCGACAAAAUUGAUAAACUAAUGCUGAAAGUUAUAAAAAAGGAUCUUUUGAAACCGCCAAGUGGUAACCAAACAUUGCUUAAUAAAAUGUUUUGUAGCAACAAAGUGAAGUCUACUCAACAGUUGAAUGCUGUGAAAACAAAGACUGGUGCGAGUUAUGAACUAAAGUAUGAAGCGGAGCCUCAAGUUGAAACGCAUGAGCACACUGGAAAAUUGUUACCGAAACGCUCCAAGUCAAAUACCGAAAUUCCUGCUCAUGUGAAGAUUACAACACUGAAGCGUGCAUCUAUAACUCCAGCUACAAGUCCUAAUCCUUUGCAGUCAGCAUCGAAGACAGACAAUCGCUGCGUUGAUAACAAAGCUGUAAUGGCAAAAGGUCCUUGGCUGUGUCUACGCUGUGGUGUUGGCUUUCCCAUAAAUAUACCAUCCUAUGCGGAUCUGCGUCGACACUUGAGCAAUGUGCAUAAUGAAGUCAUCAAUCCAGCUUUGUGUGAAAAGUGUGGCUGGCGCUUUGGCACUGAGCGUGAGUUGCAUUUUCACAUGUUUACAACGCAUCAGAUACAAUCGUUGGACUUUACAUUUUUGAAAUGCGUGGAUUGUGGACAAAUGUUUUUGACCGAGGAAGAGCUAGAGCCUCAUAUAUCCGAGUCUCAUGGCAAUGAUAAACGAUCACGCUGCAUUUAGUUUUAACUUUUAUA